AUGGUACACUCAAAUGUUGAAAUACCCACUGUAGCUAAACUCCAAUAUUUGCUACAAUCACUUGAAGGGGAAGCCCAUAAGAUUUUCGAAAGCGUAGAUGUAGUAGCUGAUAACUAUGCAGCCGUAUGGGAUAAUCUGCUCAAGCGUUAUGACAACAAAGGGUUUUUGAAAAAGCAAUUGUACCGUGCUCUCCAUGAUUUGCCAGGGUUGAGGAAGGAGUCAGCAUACGAAUUGCAUGAGCUUGCGGAUGAGUUCCAACGUCACGUAAAGGCCCUCGCUAAACUGGGAGAACCAAUCGAGUUCUGGGACACCCCGUUAAUAAACAUGCUGUCCUAUAAACUUGACUCAGCAACAAUCCGAGCGUGGGAAGAAAGAGCCAGUCAAAUGGACGAAGAAGAUGUAAAGUUCACUGAUCUAAUCGAGUUUAUAUAUCAACGGGUACGAAUAUUAAAAUCAGUGUCGUCCGAUAUUUUCCCACGUGCGCAGCCGGCUUUGCCAAAGGUGGCCGGCAAUUCUCUCGCUCCGAAGAAGUAUUUUACAGCUAAAAUCGCAGCAAAUGCCGCUGCUUCCGAGAGCAAACGAAGUGCUCCAUCCUGUUAUGCCUGUUCCGAUAAACAUUAUUUAUACCAAUGUCCGGCAUUUGCUAAGAUGUCGGUCAGUUCUCGUCGAGAAUUAAUUUCGCAUCGUAAGCUUUGUUGGAACUGUUUCCGAACUGGACAUCACGCCAGGAAUUGUUGUUCCAAAUUCACCUGUCGUACCUGUCGAGAUAGACACCAUACGUUGCUACAUGAUGUACCCCAUUCCGAUAAGAUUUCCUCUGCUACUCCAGCAUUAACCGCUUCCCAAGAACCGCAGCCCAGCUCAAUCCCUCUUGCACGUUUUGACCACCAAGAAGCUUCGACGUCAUCGAGAUCCCAACAAGUUAGUAUGACGGUUCAAUCCAACACAAGUACGGUUUUACUGGAGACAGUAGCGCUGAACGUCGUCGAUUAUAGCGGAAAGGUGUUUCAAGCAAGAGCGCUCUUAGAUUCAGCUUUAAUGUCGAACUUUAUGUCCAAAAAACUUGCUAAAUUCCUCUCCAAUCGCCAACUCAAGGUGGAUGUCACGGUUGCUGGUAUUGGUCAGUCCGUGCAGAAGAUGAGACGCUCUGUUACCACUACCAUCAAAUCUAAAAUAGGUUCUUUCAACACUAAGCUGCAGUUUUUGAUAAUUGAUAACCCCAGUGCAGAUUUACCCACAGUUCCGGUGCAGAUUUCCACAUUCAAGAUCCCAGAUGUUCCCCUAGCAGAUCCGCAGUAUUGUGUUCCCAGUGAGAUUGAUGUAGUAAUUGGCGGUGAGGCAUACUGGGAACUGCACACGGGCAAGAAACUUCACCUAGGUCCAGGCCAACCACAUAUGAUUGAAACCUUGUUCGGUUGGACAUUCUCCGGUCCAACAUGCAUUGAUUGCGCCGGUCCAACGGCCUGUCUUAUAUCCACCAACGACGGUUCGCUCGAUGCUACCCUGCAAAGGUUUUGGGAGAUCGAGGCCAUACCAACCCAAUGCACCCAUUCCGCUGUAGAGCGGACCUGUGAAGAGCAGUAUAACGAAACCACGACCCGGGACACUGCCGGGCGAUACAUAGUUCGAUUACCCAAAACCGACGAUCCAGAAAUUGUUUUGGGAGACUCCCGAGACAUUGCCGAACGGCGAUUUUUCAGCUUAGAGCGUCGUCUGGAACGAAGUUCAGAAGUUAAAUCCGCAUACCAUCAGUUCAUGGCUGAGUACGAACGUCUAGGGCACAUGAAACGCCUUGAAGAACCUGUAGAUAAUAACAUACAGCACUGUUUCCUGCACCAUCACCCCGUGUUCAAAUCCUCCAGCACGACAACUAAGACAAGAGUUGUGUUUGAUGCGUCCUGCAAGACGGCAUCGGGUUACUCUCUGAAUGACUUGUUGUUAGUCGGGCCAGUCGUGCAACAAGACUUGCUGUCACUCAUAAUGCGAUUUAGGACACAUGCAAUCGCCUUGGUAGGCGAUAUUGAAAAAAUGUAUCGCCAGAUACAAGUUCAUGAGGACGAUCAAUCACUUCAACGGAUUCUUUGGAGAACACAUGUGGGCGAACCCAUCUCCACCUACCAACUCGAAACAGUGACUUACGGCACAGCGUCUGCCCCCUACCUUGCUACCAAAACGCUACAAAGACUUGCUAAGGAUGCAGGUCAUCUUUUCCCGGUAGCUGCCGGGCCGGUAUCCAGUGAUUUCUAUGUAGAUGACUUUUUAUCUGGAGCUCCAGAUAUACAAGCAGCACUGCAACUUCGACGAGAAGUGCCCACAAUGCUCAGAUCCGCAGGAUUCCCAAUAAAGAAGUGGGCGUCAAAUUCCAUCGAGGUACUCGAAGAUGUUCCCCCAGAAGAUCAUGCAAUCCAGCCUUGGCACGACCUCCAAGAUGAACAGUCCGUGAGCACACUCGGCUUAGUGUGGGAACCGCGGUCUGACGUGUUUAGUUUCAAGGUGCAACUUCCCCUACCAGCAGCCGUUUUAACGAAACGUACGAUCAUGUCGUACAUAGCACGCAUUUUUGAUCCGUUGGGACUAGUAGGUCCAACUGUUACAAAGGCAAAACUAUUUAUGCAGCGCAUGUGGGCGCUGAAAUCUUCCGACGGAAAACGCUUCGAUUGGGACCAACCUCUUCCACAAAACAUGCAACUUGAGUGGAAAGAGUUUCACAACACAAUUGAUUUACUGCGCCAGGUGCGAGUUCCACGAUUCGUGUCCAUUUCGGAUGCAACUAGCAUCGAACUGCAUUUUUUCGCCGAUGUAUCAGAGAAGGCAUACGGCGCCUGUUGCUUUGUCCGCGCUAACACAUCCCACAUGGUUACCGUUCAGCUCUUGACCUCCAAAUCAAAGGUCGCACCGCUUGCCACCCGUCACACUAUUGCGCGAUUGGAACUCUGCGCGAGUCAUCUUUCAACGCAGCUUUACAAGAAGGUAGCAGCUGCUCUCAAGUCCCCCUACACAGCUUACUUUUGGUCUGAUUCUACAACGACGCUUCAGUGGAUUCGCUCAUCCCCAGGACGUUGGAAAACACACAUCCAGCUCGCGACUCCAGUUGAUAACUGGAGGCACAUAGCAGGUAUCGAUAAUCCUGCAGACGACAUCUCGAGAGGCUUAAGUCCCGCUGAAAUCCUUGAGAAAUCACGCUGGUGGCAUGGGCCUGAAUGGCUCACUCUCCCCCCGGAAUCCUGGCCUGCUGGAGCGCUUUCCAGUGCAGAAUCACCUGAAACAUCCCAAGAAAGUAGAAAAAUUCCCAUUGUCGUUAUGACCACGGCGCAAACAAGGUUCAACGAAGGACUAUUUUCCCGCUUUUCAAGUUAUUCAAAACUUCGUCGAAUGACCGCCUAUUGCCUGCGAUAUUUUCAGCUGGUGCGUGACCGUGUAAUCUUUCAUCGUGACAGCCCAGAAAAAUAUGUACGAUUGAUCAUAGUAAAAAAUACAAAGGUGUUUGUACGAAGUCCAAACACAGAUGAACUUCAGUCAGCCGAACGGACCCUCUGUCGUAUAGCCCAGCGGGAAUGUUUUUCAGAAGAACGCAGCGAUCUUGCUGCUGGUGAUAAUGUUUCCAAAUCCAGUCUUCUCAAAUGGUUGAGUCCCCAAAUUGACCAGUUCGGAACCAUUCGCGUUGGCGGACGUUUACGCAACGCUGCAUUACCAGAAUCUACCAAGCAUCCUAUUGUUUCGAGCGCUAAACAUCCGUUAGCCGAUUUAAUUGCAAUCCAUUACCACAAAACAUUACUGCAUGCUGGACCCCAAUUGAUGCUUUCCAGCCUGCGACAGAAAUUUUGGCUGAUAGGUGGAAGGAACGUGGUUCGACGAAUCUUUCACCAGUGCCACGUUUGCUUCCGGAAGAAACUCCAAAUGAUUCAACAAACUGUCGCCGAUUUGCCAACAUCCCGAGUCACUCCGACUCGCCCGUUUGCCGUUUGCGGCAUAGAUUAUUGCGGUCCGUUUUUCGCAAAAUCUGAAAUACGAAAACGAGGACCGAUGAAGCCACAAGACCUAGAAGCCCUGACACCAGGCCAUUUUCUGAUUGGCACCAAUCUUCAAGCCAUAGUCGAGACCGAUCUGAAGGGAGUUCCAGAUAACAAACUCACACACUGGGAGUUGACACAAAAGCGUUUCCACCGAACACCUACCGAUAUUCAGAUAGGGCGAGUUGUCAUCAUUAAAGAGGACGACGUACCACCUGUCCAGUGGCCGCUUGGACGGAUUAUCAAGACCCACCCAGGAAAAGACGGAAUAGUCAGAGUUAUCACACUGAAGACUGCGAAAUCGGACAACGUUGUUCGACCUGUCACGAAACUUGCUUUGCUGCCCAUCCCCGACAAUCGUCAACAAUCAGAAGCUGCCAUCAGAAACCAGUAG